CUUUCCGAAGAACCGCCUUCGGAUAUGAGGAAACACCUAGUUAACCAGAAGCUGCUUCCGUCCGGGAGCAAGUAUCCUUGACCAUGGAAACGUUCAGACGAGCCGCCCAUUUUCCAUUGCGGGGGACUCCGAAUGGCUCGGCAGACUCCACGAACACUGACCACAUCCGAAAUCCCGUCGACGUCCCCAACGGGCCGCGGUGGCUUCGGCAUCACGAUCUGGGCAAAAGGCCUUCACCGACAGGGGCGGAAAUUUUGCUCCCACUGGGGCCUCCCACUAAUCAAGCGCGGCUCGGAGACAACUACAUCAGGUCGCCGAAGUCAAUGGCUCAAACGGCGCAAUACGCGGAGCGAAGUGCAAGACUUGAUACCUCUAGUUUUGAUCCCCGUUAUCCCGAUAACUGCACCAUCCUCGGCUUGCGAAAAUCGACCUGUUCACGCAGUUCACAAGCAGGCCCUGCUCCAAAUUCCAUUGCCCCUCACCGUUCCAUCAUUCGGUCCACCCCAAGACGGAGGCAAAUGUUACGUUGCUGUCAUAAACGAGGGCUGGGCGAAUCAGAGGCCAAGGGGCGAGGGCGCUCCCCACGAAUUAUUACCUGUGUAUCGCUCGCCUCGGCCAAAACCCCGGCGUCUAGCGGGCGACAAGCCCUUGGCUACAGUCAGAGUGGAUUGAGUAUCUGAGGUCUGCAGGUUCACGAUCUCAAAAGGCGCUUCGUAUUCCUUUCACCACUCUCCGCAAUUGUGUCGUCAUCUUUG